AUGGCGGACAACACAACUUUCGGAGAAUACCAUAGGCUUCCUUCCUUCAUCAAAGUGAUUUCCGGUUCCCGCAACAAAGAGGAAUUGCGGCUACCUCCACAAUGGGUUGCAGAAUAUGGGAAUGACCUGUCGUUCGACUGUCGGCUCGUUAUGCCAAAUGGAUCCAGUUGGCAAGUCCGCGCGCUGAAAAUAGCCAGUGGAUGCCACUUUUGCGUUGGAUGGUCGGAAUUCCGGCGCGGGAAUAAUAUUUCCCAUGGUGAAAAACUAACCUUCACUCUCGUCGAUGUGGGGAUUUUCCAUGUAAAAAGAUAUAAGUCGGGGACCGGGUGUCCGCCACGCUGUGAUCGCGAAGCGUUAACUGAGGAGGAAGAGGACGAUGAGGUCUACACACCUGACAUUGAUUCGUCGGACGAUUAUCCCCCCUCCGACGUGGAAUCCGAGUCAGCAGACGACAGUGACUACGACGCGAUAGGAGUGCGCUUGAUGAAGACGAGUAUCCCACAUGGUCGUUGA